CUCGUGCAGUUCUUCGGGGAGCGCGGGUUGACGAGAGAAAUUUAGUAUCUGCGGAUGUCUUCUUCGCUCCGUCUGUCUGCUAUUACUCGUCGGCGGAAGCGGCGUUUCCCGCAAUCGCCGUCCGACACGCCGUCGAACGAUAUUCACUCGACGCCAUUUCUGCAGGCGAUGCUUGCUGAUCGCACAAAGCCGUCGUGUGCGUGUCUAGCCGCCGCUUGAGGAAACAGUAGACGUGCGCCGGAGGUCAGCUCCGGAGACGCGGGGUCCGCGGAGUUUGUCGCGGGCGGCGCACACUCUCUCCAGACAACACAAUUAGUCGUCUGGGCGGCUUCUGAUUGGUUGGCUGGAUCGGCCGGCCGACCGCCCGCAUUGUGUCUCGUGUAUUGCGACGGUUCGGCGCCACUUCAAAGACAUUUCCUGAUGUCUGGCGAUAAAGAAUGUAAUAUCGCGGAGAGGGGACGCCCCUAGUAAUUAGUUGGCUUGGUGCGCCAGUAAAUUUCACAUUCGCUCAAUUAGAGAGAGGUUGUGCGGUGUCCAGGCAACGAAACAAAAUCAACGUGGACAAAGAAAGGAGAAGGCUACGGAAGGAUUGUGUACGAGAUGUCAACUACAGAUGUGGAAGAACACGUUCUAAGAAACUACGAAAUUCGUCGGCGUAUCGGCAAAGGAGCCUAUGGGAUAGUGUGGAAGAGUGUGGAUCGGAGGACUGGAGAGAUAGUAGCGCUAAAGAAGAUCUUUGAUGCCUUCUCGAACGCCACAGACGCUCAGAGGACUUACAGGGAGGUCAUGUUUCUUCAGGCAUUCUCGUCCCACGAGAAUGUGGUACAGCUCCUGAAUGUCGUGAGGGCAGCCAACGACGUGGACUUGUAUCUGGUGUUUGAGUUCAUGGAUACAGAUCUGCACGCGGUCGUCAAGAACAGACUCCUCCAGCCUAUCCACCACCAGUACAUCAUGUAUCAGCUGUUGAAAGUGAUGAAGUUCAUUCACUCAGGACACUGUAUCCAUAGAGACCUCAAGCCUAGCAACAUCCUAAUCAACCCUCACUGCCACAUAAAGCUGGCAGAUUUCGGCCUGGCUCGCUCCCUCUCUCUUCUCCCUCCCUCCUCCUCCAACCAGCCUGACGUCAGCCUGCCAGCCAUGACUGACUACGUGGCCACUCGCUGGUACAGAGCCCCAGAGAUACUGCUGGGAGGACAGCUCUAUACCACUGGUGUUGACAUGUGGUCCACUGGCUGCAUUCUAGCAGAGAUGAUUGCAGGGAGACCUCUGUUCCCGGGUUCAUCGACGAUGAACCAGAUAGAGAGGAUAAUGGCAGUUCUCCCGCAGCCGUCGAGACAAGAGAUAGAGGCAGUUGGAGCUCCUUAUGCCAUGGCCAUACUGGGACAACUGCCUCGCAGACGGAACUACAGACUGUCUCAACUCCUGCCAACUGCUUCAGACGAGGCUCUGGAUCUACUGACAAAACUACUCCAAUUCACAGCUGACAGAAGACUCUCUGCACACUCUGCCGUCCACCAUCCCUUCGUCAAGAGAUUCCAUGAUGCUCGCAGUGAGCCAGUUCUGGACUGUGACGUGGUCCUCCAUCUUGACGACAACACUCAGCUGGCGGCUGACCGCUACAGAGACCGUCUCUACACUGCCAUCGCUGGAAGAGAUCGCGGAUGAGGAGAAGACGAGAGAAGAGAAAGGAGAGGGAGGGACCUGAUGAAGCCACACCCCGUCCCGCUGAGGCCACGUCCAGCUCUGAACGGGCCAAAAGUGCAGAUGGUGAUGUCACUCCCAAAGCUACCACAUCCAAGCAGGUCUUUGCAUCUCCAGUGAUAGCUAAGCCAUGGCCCUUCUCAAGCUCCUCCUACCAGAAACCCCGCCCACCAGCUAUUCUCCAUCACUCGUGUGUACAGACUCCAGACCUCACUCUUACCAGUGCUCGUAUUAUCCCAUCCUCCAGGCCAGACAGCAGCAGAGGAGGAACGAGAGGUGUGGCUCGUGGAGCACCCUCCAGGGUUGCCAUGGGAACCUACACUCAGACACACGGAAUCAUAUCAAAGUCGAACCUCAAACGACUCCUGGCAGGGGGCGGAGCUUAUCACCAUAGGAACUAAAAACAUAUUCAUUAGUCACUCCUUGAUGAUUUCUAUGAUCAUGAUGAACAGUAGUAUAAUGCGAUUACAAAGCAUAGGUCCUUCUCAGUUUAGUGGUUAAUAUUAAUGAUGAUGUAAUGGUGAUGUCAUAGUUUCAUCAGCAUAGCCUGUAGUGCUUGCCUGACCUUUGUUACCUGUGUUUCGUUAGCUUUCCUGACGGAUCUCUGCUGAAUGAGCUGGAUAUCUCUCUUGAGACCCUGCUGAGCCACGCCCCUCCCCUGGCUCUGUCUCUGUUCCAUGUCAGAGAGACUGGUCUGGAAUCGGGCCAUCAGACCUCGCAGAUCCUCCAUCCUUCUCUCAGUGGUGGAGAUGCCAGUGGCCAUGAGACUGAGAGUCUGUCCCAGAGACAGUAGACCCUGCUCACUGCGGCCCCACACACCACUCACAGUCUUCUCCACUGACGUCAGACACUUCACCACACCCUCGUUGUGGUUG